AAAGACGUAAACACUAAACCACUCUGAAAUUAGUGCUAUGUUUCCAUUUUAUUUUGAUCAUUCUUAUCAAUACAACAGCAAAAGUGCUUCGUAUACAUUAUACAGUUCCUCAAGUUAUUAGAAGAGAAAUUCAUUGGAAACGAAUUGGGCGUACUCAUGGCGUCUGGUUUCCAAUACACUUUAACAAACGACGAAGAUAGUGGAAUCAGCGAAGCCUUUCCUCGUUCCAUUCAAAUCGCUAGUUUACCGGAGCCUUUGUACGAUCCCACGCUUAGUGAUUACAACAUAUCCGAUUUCAACCGUUCGGUGAGUUCGAAUUUGAACCCUAAUGCUGUAUCAUUCGAACCGAAACAGUUCCAUAUAAACGAAGGCCUUCAAACCAACUGCCAGCCAUAUCACCCAUAUCAGUAUCAAUGCGACGAAUUAAAUGGAGGUUUGGAAUUGCAACCGAUCGUAGAGAUAAACCAAAAUUUUAUGCCGAGCUUAGUUUUUGAUUCAUCUGUAAACAAUGUAACCGAUUUAGGGUUAGAAGUGAGUGGGAAUUCCGGUAGAAAUGCGCCAGCUCAAAGGAAAAAUAGCCAUUUACGUAUCAGCGAGCUGAUGAAAAACCAAUUGGAAUCAACGUCGCACGAACCAGAGAAAUCUCUUAGUAGAAGUAACAGCAGAAGGAAUCGAACGAAUAAAGAUGCAAGAGAAAAACAUAGCCCAGAUGAUACAGGAAAGAGAGGAUUUGAUAAUAAUGAUCGUCGAAGAGUAGGAAGAUCGUCAUACUAUUCUGAAGAAAUCAACCGAUCUAAUGAAGAUAACUUGGAUGAUUUCAAACCGAGGAGAGAGCCCCGCCGGUCGAUCAAUUCGAAGAACGAAGAACACAGGACCGUUGUAAGGGAGAAAUCGUUUAGAAAACGUUCCGAGAGGACUCCGAGAACCGAACCAUCCGAUUGGAAAGAAGAAGAAGACUAUACUAAAUACAAACCGAAACGGUACAGUUCGAUGCGCGGCCAUCGAGUCUCCGCAGAAAUCGUCAGCCCCAACGAGUUUCCCAAAUACAGAGAUCUCAAAUUAGAAAGAAACGACGAUCGAAGAGAGACCCCGAUCAAACGAACGUCUCUCGACGGGUUAUCCAGCCAACGCAACAUCGCCGGCCUAUUCAGCGACGAUUCGCUCCGAGAGAACGCCGAGUUCAACGAAUUCGUCCGGGAAAACGAGGAAUUCCUGCUGGAAUACUCCAACAACAAAGACCGCCGUUGGGCGAUCAGGAACUUCAACAAAAACAUCACGCACAGGAGGGUGGUAGACAGAGAAAUGGAUUUGUUCCAGUUGCCGGCCAAGUACUCGCUGGCCCAUUGCGUAUCGGAGGAUUUCCGGAUGAGCCGUGGAGUAGCUGUGACGUUUCGAAAUACCUUCGGAUCGACCGACGAGCUGCUGGAACAAUGCCAAACUGCCGGCGGACUCGCGGUGUUGAAUAAUGGCGAACGAUUCGUGUAUUAUUUGGUAACGAAGAGGUUAUCCAAUCACAAACCGACCUACAGCGAUAUGUGGCGUUCGAUAGCUCUCCUGAGGGAUCACGUUCGAGCGAAUAGCGUGAGAUUCUUAGGUAUACCGACGUUGGGAUGCGGUCUGGAUAAAUUGGAUUGGCCCGUGGUGCAGUGUAUAAUAGAAUAUCUGUUCCGAAACGUGGAUGUGGAAAUUGUGUGUUGUAAAUUCCGUAAAGCGGAGGACGAUGUCGAGCAAAUGUCUUGCAGCAGUAUAGCCAGUAACGACGAUUCGUUUGAUAGAAGGUUGGGUAACUUCGAGGAGCGCAUAGGAGUUUCCACUUGCACGGAGAGCUUGACCAAUUUGGAGUCUAUUAGGGCUGUUAUAUUGUGUUUCGGUUCGAGCGAUGGUCGAGCGACGGAUGAGAUGAGGGAGUUGGAUAAGAAAUAUAACUUUUUGCAUGCGUUUAAAUCGAAGCGAAAGGAUUUAGGGAGCGUUUUGAUGUACGAAACGGGCGGGCAUUGUAUUUGUUGUUGUAUUACGAUGAAAUACGCGGGCCACAAAUUCGAUUUUGUGAGUUUUAAAAGGUGUAUAAUUGAAAUUAAUAGGAUCACCGAAAGCGGUGGAUAUACCGGUUUAGUUAUGAAUUAUGUUAGUGCUAGGAGAGGUUUUUUGUUACAUAAUAAGAUUAUUACUAUGUUAACGCAUUUUUUGGAGAACGUGAAUGUUUAUGUAUACAGAGGGGAACAGGAUAAUGAAAUUUAAAUAUAUUGCAAUAA